CGCGGCUUCCGGAGCGGUUCCCGCGCGUCUUGCGCGGCCAAGUCAUGGACCGUAAUCCUUCGCCGCCGCCGCCGGGUCGGGACGAGGAGGAGGAGGGGGAGGUGGCCGGGGGAGACUGCAUAGGGGGCACGGUCUACAGCAAGCACUGGCUCUUCGGCGUCCUCAGCGGGCUCAUCCAGAUUGUCAGCCCUGAAAAUGCCAAAUCCAGCUCAGAUGAUGAGGAACAGCAGAUGGAGCUUGAUGAAGAAAUGGAGAAUGAAAUUUGCAGAGUAUGGGACAUGUCAAUGGAUGAGGAUGUGGCUUUAUUUCUCCAAGAAUUUAAUGCUCCUGAUAUAUUUAUGGGAAUACUGGCCAAAUCCAAGUGUCCUCGAUUGAGAGAAAUCUGUGUGGGAAUUUUAGGUAAUAUGGCCUGUUUCCAGGAGAUAUGUGCGUCUAUCAGCAGUGAUAAAAAUCUUGGGCAGGUGUUACUGCACUGUUUGUAUGAUUCAGACCCACCUACUCUGCUGGAAACAAGCAGGUUGUUGCUUACUUGCCUUUCCCAGACAGAAGUGGCCAAUGUCUGGGUUGAAAGGAUCCGGGAACAUCCAGCUAUUUAUGAUAGCAUUUGCUUCAUCAUGUCAAGUUCAACAAAUGUUGAUUUGCUGGUGAAGGUGGGGGAGGUUGUGGACAAGCUCUUUGAUUUGGAUGAGAAACUAAUGUUGGAAUGGAUUAGAAAUGGAGCUGCUCAGGCUCUGGACCAACCCCAGGAAGAUUCUGAAGAGCAGCCAGUGUAUAGGAUUGUGCCCUGUAUACUUGAAGCUGCUAAACAAGUACGUUCUGAAAAUACAGAAGGGCUUGAUGUUUACAUGCAUAUCUUACAGCUGCUUACCACAGUGGAUGAUGGAAUUCAAGCAAUUGUACAGUCUCCCGACACUGGAAAAGACACAUGGAACUUACUUUUUGACCUGGUUUGUCAUGAAUUCUGCCAGUCUGAUGAUCCGCCCAUCAUUGUUCAAGAACAGAAGACAGUGCUAGCCUCUGUUUUUUCAGUGUUGUCUGCCAUCUAUGCUUCUCAAGCUGAACAAGAGUAUCUAAAGAUAGAAAAGGUAGAUCUUCCUCUAAUUGACAGCCUGAUUCGGGUCUUACAAAAUAUGGAACAUUGUCAGAAGAAAUCAGAGAACUCUACAGGGGCUAACACAGAAGAAACUAAAAAGUCUGAUUUAACCCAAGAUGACUUCCACUUGAAAAUCUUAAAGGAUAUUUCAUGUGAAUUUCUUUCUAAUAUUUUUCAGGCAUUAACAAAGGAGACUAUGGCUCAGGGACUAAAGGAGGGCCAGUUGAGCAAAGAGAAAUGUUCUUCUGCAUUUCAAAACCUUCUUCCUUUUUACAGCCUUGUGGUGGAAGACUUUAUUAAAAUCCUCCAUGAAGUUGACAAGGCUCUUGCUGAGGACCUGAAAGAAAGCUUCCUGAGUUUAAAGGUUCCUACUUAAAAACUGAAUUGGAAUUUCUUCUAUUCCAGAAAUAAACUUCAUUUUCCUCA